UGGGAGGAGACUGGGUGGCUGCAACUUCAGCCAUGGUGCCUGCCUUGCUCUCCCUGAGCCUUUCCCGCCUGGGCCUGUGGGCUUUGGGACUGAUCUUGGUCUUAGGUUUCCUCAAGUUCAUUCAUCUGUUGGUGCGACGGCAGUUCUUGGCCAGGGCGAUGGACAGCUUCCCAGGGCCCCCCACCCACUGGCUCUUUGGGCAUGCCCUUGAGAUACAGCAGCCAGGGAGCCUGGACAAGGUGGUAUCCUGGGCUCAGCAGUUCCCCUACGCCCACCCACUCUGGUUUGGACAGUUUCUUGGCUUCCUGAACAUCUAUGAGCCUGACUACGCCAAAGCUGUGUAUAGCCGAGGGGACCCGAAGGCCCCAGAUGUGUAUAACUAUUUCCUCCAGUGGAUUGGGAAAGGCCUGCUGGUCCUCGAUGGGCCCAAGUGGUUCCAGCACCGCAAGCUGCUCACACCUGGCUUCCAUUAUGAUGUGCUGAAGCCCUAUGUGAAGGUGUUUGCUGACUCGACACACAUCAUGCUGGACAAGUGGGAAGAAAAGGCUCGUAAGGACAAGAGCUUUGACAUCUUCAGUGAUGUGGGCCACAUGGCACUGGACUCACUCAUGAAGUGCACCUUUGGCAAAGGAAACAGCGGCCUGGGCCACAGGGACAAUAACUACUACGUGGCAGUCAGCGAUCUCACUCUGCUGAUGCAGCAGCGCAUAGAGUCCUUACAGUACCAUAAUGACUUCAUCUACUGGCUUACUCCACAUGGCCGCCGUUUCCUGCGGGCCUGCCAGGUGGCCCAUGACCACACAGAUCAAGUCAUCAGGGAAAGAAAGGCAGCCCUACAAGAUGAGAAAGAGCAGAAGAAGAUCCAGAACCGGAGGUACCUGGAUUUCCUGGACAUUCUCCUGGGGGCUCGGGAUGAAAAUGGGAUCAAGCUGUCAGAUGCAGACCUCCGGGCUGAAGUGGACACAUUCAUGUUUGAAGGUCAUGACACCACCACCAGUGGCAUCUCCUGGUUUCUCUACUGCAUGGCCCUAAACCCAGAACACCAGGAUCGCUGUCGGGAGGAAGCCCGUGAGAUCAUUGGAGACAGGGACUCCUUCCAGUGCUCCAAAGGGGAAUCCAAGCAGAAUCCAAACAACUGUCUCUUGUGGGGCUUCUGUGGGGCUCUGAGAGACACAGAAAAGACUGGUUGUGUUGCCGGUAGGGAUGAUCUGGGCAAGAUGACCUACUUGACCAUGUGCAUCAAGGAGAGCCUCCGCCUCUACCCGCCCGUACCCCAGGUGUACCGCCAGCUCAGCAAGCCUGUCAGCUUUGUGGAUGGCCGCUCUCUACCUGCAGACAGCCUGGUCUCUCUGCACAUCUAUGCCCUCCAUAGGAACAGCGCAGUGUGGCCUGAUCCUGAGGUCUUUGACCCCCUGCGCUUUUCCCCUGAGAAUGCAACUGGACGCCACCCCUUCGCCUUCAUGCCUUUCUCCGCUGGGCCAAGGAACUGCAUUGGGCAGCAGUUUGCCAUGAACGAGAUGAAGGUGGUCACAGCCCUCUGCUUGCUCCGCUUUGAGUUCGCCGUGGACCCCUUGCGGCCACCCAUCAAAUUGCUCCAGCUGGUCCUGCGCUCCAAGAAUGGCAUCUACCUCCACCUGAAGCCACUGGGCUCAGGCUCUGAGAAGUAGUUCUGCCAAAAGUAGGGCCCCAGAUAGCUCAAGUUGUGGCCUCUCCCUAGACACGGCCCCCUCCAGGCUGGACUGUGGAGCAGCUGUGGCUCCAUGUCUUUGGGAGGCUUGUAUUAUAGAUGGGGAGUAGGUACCCACAUACACAGUCACUGUGAGGGAAGUGCCAUGGAAACAUGUGUGUCUAUAAAUGCUUAUCAUACAUGUA